AUGUCUGAAGAACCCCCGAAAAAAUUGCCUGAUACCAGGGACAAGAGCAGCGGUGACGCCAGUUCCAAUACAGAUUCUUCGAUCACCGAAGGAAAACUUCUCCGCAAAUUAAAGCCCAUCUCUCCAACUGACGAAGUUGUGAAGGAAAAGUCUGAAGUUGAUUUCACCAAGGGAGGAGUGGAGAAUUACAAGUUUUAUCCUGAUAACCCAGAAAACCACCGUCAUAAGUAUCGUUGGGCGAUGAAAGAACCUUCUAAGUUUUAUGACCCUUGCGAGGAGAGUAGACAGGCAUCUAUAAAUUGUGUAUUGCGUAACCAAGAGGACAAAUUGGUGUGCCAGGACUUUUUUGACGCUUACAAGGAGUGUAGGAGUGAUUUUUUUAACAAAAAAAAGAAGGAUAGAAGAGAAGGCUUUGGAGGUUGGGGUAAAUGGUAG